AUGGCCUCCUGCGCGGAGAAGUCCGGUGUGUUCGUAAUGCUGUGGUUACUCUUUCUCUCCUUUAUACCAACUGCUGAGGCAUUUGAUGGCGGGGAUGCCGUCGCUCUUCUUUUAGGGACGACAAUUAUGAUUGUGGGGUUGUGUGCCUGUAUCGGCUGGUACGCACGGAGAACGAACGGACAGCUAUGAGAGGCAGACUGAUAGCGGUCUGGCAACAGGCCUGCUGUCACAAACUGAAAGUGCGUAAUGCGCUGAACAUCGAGAUGCUUAUCUGCCUGAGCUUUGUCCCCCAAAGGUGAAGCGUGCAUCCAAAAUGAUUCCCAUGACUGUUUGCUUUCACUGAAGCAGAGGCGGCAUUGCCUUGUGCGGCUUGAUGCACUGAGAAAGAGGCGCUAAGAGAGAGAGACAACUAGGAAGACGCGGACGAGAGAACGCACCACACCGCGGUCUUCCAAGGAGUAUGAAGAGGUUGACGUUCCCUUGCAAGACGCAAACAAAGAAUGUAACCGUAAUCUGUCUAAACUACGGUUCUGGCUUUUGGAUUUGGUGGAAAUGGUGCAUCCUAUUGCACUGUUGCAGUGUGACAACAUCCUAAAUUUUGGUCAAUAACUGAGUUUGCAACCAGAUGUGACGUCUCCCGACUUCCACUCUUUACGUGUUUCACUUAAUUCUUGUUUUGUUUUGCACUGAAGUAGAAUGAUAGCAUUCACUGGAGAUUGCUUAUUAAUGCUGAGGAUAAGUGCAGACUUUGAUUAAAGGGCGGGUGAUGGUGCACCAUGUCAUAAUUAACGCGCAAAUCUCUUUGUAAAAUAAUGUAAACAAAGAUUAUGGAAUUGAAGGAGGACACUGACACUAGAUUUCCACUAAAAUUGAGCAAAUGCUUCGUUGUCAUAUUGCAGAAUACCUGACUGGCGGGUUUAAACUGCUAAUCGCAAACUGUAUGAUUGCUUGAUCCUGUUAGUCUCGGUAUUUCCAAUGGAACUGUAAAUUGUAAAUACUUGACCUGAAACGCAUAUCCUAUUUAUAAUAACAAUAAUUUGAAUGUGACACCAGUGGAAAUGUGUCUUUUGAAUGAAGGAAGGUAAUCUGUAAAAUGUCAGUAUUGGAACUGUUGUGGAAGUGUGUCCUGGACAAAAGUGAAUCCCCACAUUUCCAACAUUUUUGGUUAACCCUACAUAUGGCAAAGUCAUGUCUACUGAAGUAAAUAAUUAUUUUGGCAAACACUAUUUGCUAGAACCUGAAAAGAAAAAAAAAACCCUUACAUGCUCUUACUAUGUUUAUUGUUUUGUGUAUACUGCUAAAUGGUCUAAAAAACCAAACACAGACUUUAUUAGCCCAUCUUACAUAUAAGGAAUGUCUAAGGAAACUUGCAUUAUGAAGUGAUUUACCCUCUGCUGAUUAUUGUAAUCAGCUUACUCAUGCUACAUAC